CCACCUGGAGCUCCACACAGGAAGUUGCUGGUGUUGAAAGCGCAGGCAGAGGAGGAGCAGUGGGACUGAGAAGGAGAGUAACUGACUUUAAAUCGUAGAAUCUCCAUAAACUAAACACUUUAACGGCCCAGAUCAGUGGAGAUUCAGCUGAAGAAGAUCAUCUGUAGAGGAUCAGCGAGAAGAUCUGGUUCUGAAGCUCCACAAACACACACAGUCAGAAUGGGGGCGUACGAAGGAAAGAAAGGGACAUGUGGAACUGUCUGUCUGAAAUACCUGCUGUUCACUUUUAACUUCCUGUUUUGGCUGGCAGGAGGCGCUGUGAUGGCCGUAGGGAUAUGGACAAUAGCAGCGAAGAGUGACUACAUCAGCCUGCUCUCCUCCAGGAUCUACGCUGUGUCUGCGUAUAUCCUGAUUCUGGCGGGGGUGAUCGUCAUGAUUACAGGGGUCCUAGGAUGCUGCGCCACCUUCAAAGAGCAGAGAAGACUCCUGAGAGUGUAUUUUGUCCUCCUGCUGUGCAUUUUUCUGCUGGAGGUCCUGGCGGGAGUGUUGGCCUACAUCUAUUAUCAGCAGUUGAAUGAGGAGUUGAAGGAUAAUCUGAAAGAGACCAUGGUGCAAAAGUAUCAUCAGCCUGAUCAGGACCACAUCACCAAGGCUGUGGAUAAACUACAGCAGGAGUUUAAGUGCUGUGGCAGUAACAAAUCCUCAGACUGGGCUGAGAGCGUUUGGAUCCGCUCCAAUGAAGCCCGUGGCAGGAAGGUUCCAGACAGCUGCUGUAAGAGCCAAUCAGAACUCUGUGGUACCAGAGACCACCCUUCCAACAUUUACAAAGUAGAGGGUGGCUGCAUCACCAAGCUGGAGAACUUCAUUAUGGAGCACUUAAAGAUCAUCGGUGCUGUAGGUGUGGGCAUCGCCUCUGUGCAGGUCAUAGGCAUGAUAUUCACCUGCUGUCUCUACAGGAGUUUGAAAUCAGAGCCGUACUGAAUCACCAGUACUGAACUGUAGCUUUCAGGCUUCAAACCAAACACUACUUCAAACUUCAAUACAAGACUGACGCUACUGAAAGACUGUGGUGAGGACUGAGGCUGGUACUAAGGCUGGUGGCAUUUAUGGAUUGGUGUCUGGGUUGUUUGUAAUUAUUGUAUUAAAUUGGGAACAAACGUGCCUAUAAUGAAGUGAAUCACUGCAGGCAAUGAUCCUGCUGGUCCUGGAGAUCUACCGCUCUGUAGAUUUCUCUGUAGAUCUAAUGCCAGGUUCACACUACACAAUUUUACCCAGUGUUCCAGUCACAGACAAAAACUCUGCUCAGCCUCCAUCCACAUUGUUGGGCACGUGCUUGUAAAAGCUUUUGUCGAAAGCUGUGCACCUCAGUCCACCACUAUUUUGCGCAGGUAUUUCCAGUUACAGCUGAAUUCGCGUUUUAAUCCCAGAAAAACAAAUGCUCUUCUUUACCUUUUAAAAAGCAAUUUAAAUGCCUAAUUAAAAGGCAGAUUACUGUUGUUUUCUGUUUUGAGCGCCCUACGCUGACUUGGCUCUUGAUUGGUCAGGACACAAGACAACGCACGGGUGGGGGCGGGGCUGGUGACGUCAUGGCCCUUCAUUGUUUAAUAUCGCAAUAUAUAUCAUUGAAAAAAAAAGAAACAUUUUUAAUGUAAAACUUUUCCAAUAUCGUACAGCACACUAUGUGAACAAGCCGCAGAUACCCCACAAAUGCUUGCCAUGCUAGAGGUCUGACUCAGUCAGUGACUCAGGAGCAUAGGCUAUCCUACAGCAAAUGGGAUCAAAGAGCCUUGAGUGAGUCCUCUAUGAAUGGGGUGAAUAAAAAUAAAAGCUUAAAACUUAAAUUAAAAAUAUGAAUGUUUUUUUUUUUUUUUAGUAUUUCUUUAAUUUUAGAAAAUAGACCGAUGUAUUUUACUAAAAAGCAAAGAAAGCGUGCCUGUAUGUUUAAAUUUUUCUACAGUAAACUGUAGGUAAUGCUGGAGAUACAGGCAGAACACUAAGUUCUAAAAACCUUAAAACCUCAUGGAUCUGGUAUUGAAACAUUUGAUUCCAGUAUAAAAUGAUCAGAAAUUAAUAAACUCUGAUUUUACUCAGUUGCUUUGUAUGAACCUAUUCAUUUUGAACUCACUUUAAGUGUGUAUUCAACUUUAUAGAGUUUUUCUCUCAUGGCAUCGCUAGUUCUCUUGUGCAUUUAGUUCAAGUGUGUUCUCGUGAUAAACUUGUUUCUGGAGAGCUGUGAGAUGAGUCUGUGAUUUCCGACGAUAAGAAUUUGUGUAAUUUGUGACCCAGUGUUGCUGAUCAGUCAUGUAGUGUGAAAAUGAAGCACUCAAAAAGUUGUGUAGUGUGAACCUGGCAUAACACACCUAAAAACUGGAAAACUUCUCAUAUCCCUGAAGGCCUUAAUUACCUGGUUCAGGUGUGUGAGGUUAAAGGGUGGGCUGCAUAAAAGUCUGCAGGGUGGUAUUUCUCCAGGACAGUAAAUCAGUGACUUGAACUCCAAUUAAAUGCUGUUAAUUUUAAAAUACCAUAAAUAAUAGACUUUGCCUCAGUGGUUCUGUCAGUGACCUCUUCUAAUUCAUCUUAAAAUGUAUCGACUACUGUAACUCUUUUUACUGCCUUAAAUAUUACUUCUUUUUUUUUUUUUAAAUAAGGCUUUUUUUUUACUCUAAUCCCAAUGUUUGGGGAGCUGACUGAUGAUAAAUAUUUUAUAUAUGGUUUUACUGUUGUAUUUUAUUGUGUAUUAUUUUUUUAAUCCUGAUUUUAGUAAGAAAAUUAAUCACAAAGUUAUGUGACCCGUUUACACCUGAUUCUUUUUAUGUGGCUGGUACCUGGAUUGUAUCCUGAUUAGCCAAGCAAAUCCAAUGGUUACAAGACAACCAGUUUAUGUAUCUGUUCAGUCUCUUUGUAUUUAAUUUUACAUGUGGUCUUGCAUUUCAUAAGGAAGGAAAUCACUUCAGAUGAUCAUAGUGAAGAGAAAAUCACUGUUUAGACCAGGACUCACCAAUCCGGCUCCUGGAGAGCUGCUGUCCUACAGGUUUCACCUUCAUCCUACAUCUUAGUCCAUGUUCAGACUGAAUAUAAAUCCCCAAUUUGACUUACUAAACUACUGCUUCAUUACUCCACAUGGUGGCACUAAUCAAAUAGAAUGAAGAAAACUGCAGUGAGAAUAUUGAUUGUUAAAUUCUCAAUCUACAAUAAAUCCAUAAUUCCUGCUAUUUGAUUGAUUAUUUAAGAUUGGAUUAUUCAGUGUCACAGAUGCUGUAAAGUAUCAUGGAGAUUUUUUGUGAUAUAUUGAGUAUCACAGAAUCACAAUAUGUGAUGUCAUCAUUAUCAUGGGCAACUCUUCACCUCCUGAAGUGCUUUAAUUUAUCAGUUUUUAAUUUUCUUUUUUGUAUAUUUUAUAUUAGUAUUUUUAUGUGAUUUGGCCUUAUCCAGAUAUAAUCCUGAUUCCCAAAACUCAUGAAUUGACCAGGUGUAAACAGGGUCUAAGGGUUCAUUUCCAUAGAGAAAAGUCAGAGUAAUGUGUAAUCUAAUACUUAGUUAUGUUUAAUCCAGGGUUUCUUAACCUCUUUUACUCUAAAACCCCCUUUUUUAGGGUUUAAAAUAUUUCUCAACCCCUUACCCAAACCCCUCCCACAAAAAAAUGAAAUGAUUGACAGUACUGCUUUCUAAAACAUAAGAGAAUAUUAAUUAUAUGAGUUUGCUUAUUAAGGGUUAUGCGACAUUCCUGUAAAUGAACAUGGCGGUGUUGUGCCAAAAUCAGCACCCCCACCAGGAAAAGCACCCCCUCUUCGGAGCAUGUGCUGUGUUGCUAUGCAUGUAACUGUGACUUUUGGCUCAUAUUUCUAAGUUAGUUAAAGCGUAUUAUCUCAGUUUUUUUAUCAAGAAGACGCGCUUCCGAGAGAGGGUGCUUUUCAUGGUGGGGAUGCUGAAUUCAGCACUACACCGACAAGACCACUGAGCAGUGAGUGAUGGCGUAAGUGUGCUCGGGCACGGAUUGUUUAAAAGCAGUGUUGAGUGCAGGCAAGUGGGGGAGGGGGCAAAUUCGUGCCUAGUGUGAGUGCACAUUUACCUGCUGUGUGAACGUAGCCUAUGUCAUGUGAUGCAGGCAAACCUAGGAAGAAGUCACCAAGUUAGAAAUAACAAGUCAAGUCCCAAGUCAAUACGGACACGUCUCAAGGCAAGUUCCUAGUCUUUAACCUUGUCUAAGUCAAGUUACAAAUUGUAAUAUAAAAUUUUUUUUAACGAAAAAAGUAAUAACCUCGGAGUUUAUACCAGGGAAAUUAGAUAUGCAGUUCAUGGGUACUGUAUAAGCCAGAAUCUCUACCGCAAAGAAGCUCGUUUUAUCUGCAUUUUGUCUGCAUAUCUGAGUGUGCUCAAAGUUAUCUGUAGAAGAGUUUUUUUUUUUUUUUAAAUGCAUAAAUCUUGGUAUGCGAUCUAAGUCAUGUGACUCGAGUCCACAUGCCUGGACACUGGUGUGUCAUUUGUGUGGAAUUGUGUUAUAUUGUAUUGUAUUGUGUUUGUAUUCUCGCUUACAGUAAAAAGCACUCCAUUUUUAGCAAACCUGGAAACAUGUGCAGACACACAACACGCACAAGUGAAUCUGAAUCAAUUUAAAGAGUCAAAGAGUCUAGUAGAAUGGCGAAUCAGUCAGUCUUAUUCAAGUAAAGGACAGCUCCAAAUCUGGAGCCGAUUCUCCCUAAACACCCUUAAUUAGCUUUAUUCUCACAACCCCCCCUGAAAUAUGUCAGGACCCCCUUGUUAUGAGGUUAAGAACCCCUGGUUUAGUCAGUUUUAAUCAUUUCUUUCUUUUUCAGUGAAAUCACCAAUUAACAAGUCACUUUUCUCAUGAUAUUUAAUGUAGAAUAGUAUGAUUAUGGAGUAGGAAGUGAAAAUGAACAGUGUCUGCACUGCUGUGUUCUACUUGCCUACCUUUUCUGUACAUGUAUAAAAUCCAUAUUAAACACAAUCACGUUA